AUGGUGCGGGCAGCCCCGGCCCCGGCAGCCAUCGCUCUCUGCCUCCGUUUCUCCGCAGACCUCGUGAAAGCAGCAGUGGCUGCCCUGAUCGUCGGAGCCGUCCUGUCUGCCACCGAGCAACACGCUGACCUCGGGGCACUGGUGUGCGACAUGGAGCCUGAGACCAUCACAGCCUCGGACCCCGGAGUCCUGGAGAACCUGAAGCUCUGCCCAGCGCUGACGGGGGCCCAGCGGGACGCCCUCAACGCCGUGCUCCUCGCGGGGGGCACAGCGUAUGGGGAUCCUUCGAGUUGGGAUUUACAGACUCUGCAAAAUCUGGGGCCGCUCGUGCUGGCUUUGAACCGGACCACAGUGAGCUUGGUGGCCGAGGCAGCGCGGGAGGCUUUCGGCAGGAGCAUCGCGGCCGCGUACGGCAGCCAGGGACGUUCCCAGCGGGAGAAGUCCCUGACCCUCCUCAGGGCCUUGGCAGCAGCGUCGGCUUCAUCUCAUCCCAGGCUGAAGCGGAGCGCAGACCGUGAGAAACGCCGUCUGCCUGACGUGCCCUCCCUGCCCGCAGGCUGCCUGUCCGCGCCCAUCACGGCCAGCACCAUCUCCAACGACUUCUUAAUCAUCAGCUACGACACCAGCGAGCAGUUUGACCUCUGCCUGAGCAACGAGGUUUUAAAAGCAAACCUGGAGCCUCUGCUGGAACAGCCCCUCACCUUGGAGUACUUCUGGGUCGUGAAAAAAAAGCUGGAGCAGAUCUACCCGUCGGGGAUCCCUGAGGAGCAGCUGAAGCUGUUCGGGCCACUCUCCCGCCAGUACACGGUGGAGGAGAUCAGCCUGUGGCCGGUGACAUCCAGCGACACGCUCUCGGCCCUGCUCGACCCCUCGGAUGGGAAGUGGGGGGCUUCCCAGGUCCGGCAGCUGCUCAGCAGGUACCUGGCCCUGGGGGGCACCUUGACCGGGCCCUUGCUUCGGAAAAUUGGAGGGAGAAACCUGUGUAAUCUGCAGGAGGAGCAGAUUGAGCAAAUACCUCCAGAAGCAAUUGGGACCGCUGGACAAUUAAACAUUUCUUCUUGCUGUCAAACCAAGAAGGACCAACUCUACAGAAAAGCCCAGGAGGCCUUUGCUGGCCAGGCUGGCAUCACCCGGGGGUACUACUGCCGGAUUUGGCCAUACCUGGGUGGAGCUCCAGCAAAGGACCUGAAAGACUUGGCUAAAGCUGGCAUUGCCAUAGACAUGGACAUGGACACCUUUCUUGCCCUAAAUCCCGAGGAACUGCAGAAACUCAGCGUCAUGGACGUGAAAAAUUUGCUUGGGGCAAACCUCCCGUACCUGAAGGAAGCUGAAAAUGAGACCUCGGUGAUGCGCUGGGUGAAGAGGCAGUCCCAGCGGGAACUGGACUGUACCCUAGGAAUUGGCCUGCAAGGGGGAACGGAGGAGCCCGGCCCCACGGGGACGGCCACCCCUCCUCACCCCACCACCUCUGCCAGUAUCACCCCCACGGCCACCGUCCCCGCGCCCACCACCCUCCCCACCGUCCCCACCCCUAUUGCCAUUAGCAGCCACCCUACCACUAAUUCAAGUACCGGCCCCCACAAGACCCCCACCCCAAGUGCCGUCAGCCCGACCCCCCCUCACAGCACUCCCCCACGCGCUUACACCACUGCCCCCAGUGCUGCCGGGAGUCCCGCUGCCACCUCCACCGCCCGACCUGCCCCGACCACCGGCUCCAUCGUCCCGUGCUCCAUCCACCAGUCUGCCACCUCAAAUAAGGCCACCCCCCCCGCUGUCACCCUCCUCACCACCAUCCUCGCUGCUGUCAACCCCAACGCCACCUCUCCCAGCUCCGUCCCACCCCCUGCUCUCACGCGCGGGGCCGCCACCACCAGCAGCAUUGUUACUAACCCGGCUGUUACCUCCCGCAACACCAGCACCCCACUGGUGUCCACGAACCCCCCAGCACCUGGGGGUACUGCCAACCCCAACACCGCCACACCAAGCACCCACUACACUCCCAGCACCCUUGUCCCUAACUCCACCUCUGCACCCACUGCCACCGCAGCCACAGAGACGAACCUCCUUGCCCACAAGCCCACCCCGAUUCCCAACUCCACCGCCUCCACCCAAAAGAGUGUUGUCUCCCCAACGGUCAAGACUACAACACUGGCUUGCAAAACGGGUGCCCCUCCGGCAUUUCUCGGCCCGUCUUCCACCACCACCAGCAGUGAGACCACUAAAAAAACACCCACAGGUGUGCCAGAGCCACCGAGACCAACACCCGGCGGAUACAUCAACCUGCAACCUGAAGCUGGAUCGGGAUCCAGACUCUCCUCCUGCCUAGUGCCCGUACUGACGACAGCCGUGGGAAGCUCACUGCUGCGAGGGCUUCUCUGA